AUGCUAUUCCUUCUGACUUCCGCUCUGCUGUAUCUCGCUCUCUCGGGUACUGCCCUUUCUGACGUAACCGCCAACUCACCGGACCAUGCAAGACUGAGAUCGUACCAUAACCCGAUCGUUAGUGGUUUUGCGCCUGAUCCGUCCUGCACACGUGUUGGCGAGCAGUUCUUCUGUGUAUCGAGCUCGUUUAGUGCUUUCCCAGGUAUUCCUGUGUACACUUCUCGUGACUUGGUACAAUUCCAACAGAUCGGCAAUGUUUUAUCGAGACCAGAGCAACUCCCGACUUUGAACACGAUCAAUACCCCUACUGGUGGCAUUUGGGCAUGCACUAUUCGUCAUCGUGAAGGCACAUUUUAUGUGACAACAACGCUGGUAAUGGACUCCGAGCCUGAAGAUUCGCCAGCGCUCUGGGAUAACCUUCUCUUCACGACAAAGGACAUCUUCGCAAACAAUGGUAAUGGCUGGUCCGAUCCCGUACAUUUCUCUUUCCAGGGCUACGAUACAUCGCUGUUCUGGGACGACGAUGGUACACCAUAUAUUCAAGGUUCUCACUACUGGCGUAUCUUCCCCGGAAUACAACUAUUCGCCAUUGAUUUGGCAACUGGUGAAAGUGUCAGCGGUGAACCAGUAACACUUUGGGCCGGAACUGGGGGUGAGGCACCUGAAGGUCCGCAUAUAUACAGACGAGACGAUGGAUAUUACUUGUUGGUAGCUGAAGGUGGAACGGGUCUUGGUCAUAUGGUCACUAUGGCACGGUCUCCAAAUGUCACAGGUCCAUAUACUUCCUAUGCGAACAACCCAGUAAUGACAAACGCCAACACUUCCUUGUAUUUGCAGACACUAGGGCACGCAGAUGUGUUCAAUGACACCGCGGGGAACUGGUGGUCCGUCGCGCUUGCGACAAGGAAUGGAAUUGUCAACUUCCCAAUGGGACGGGAAACUGUCCUUGUACCCGUCGUAUGGGAGGAAGGUAGGCUUCGCUAUUCAAAUUUAUCAGUGCGCACGUACGUUUAUCUACAUCCUACAUCAGAACCUGUUUACUCAAUUAUAUGUCCUUUGAAGCCGACGAAUCACGAUGUAACCGAUCCGCUCGUUGGACACUCCCAGCAUAUUACCUUCCCUUCCACUCCAAACGCUUCGCUCUCCGAAUUACCUCGCCAGCUUGUGUACUAUCGCUUCCCAUACUUCUCGCGGUUCACUGUCUCGCCAGAAGGGUAUCCGAAUACUCUGCGAAUCAUGGGUUCGACAGAGAAUAUCACUGGGAAUGGCGGUGUUGGCACGAGCACGUUCAUAUCACGGCGGCAAGAUGCUGUUGAAUUCACUGCAGAGUCAACUUUGGAGUUCGCACCAGAUCUGAGUGAUUCGGAUGUGGAAAGCGAAGAAGCGGGAAUGACGUUGUUCAUCCAAAGGAUGCAGCAUUUCGAUAUGGGAGUCGUCGUGGAACGUAAUGUGUCAGAUAGCAGUCGAUUGCAGAAGUUCAUCCAGUUGAAGACUAUCGACGUAAACGCGAGCGCAGGUGGAUUGAGUGACGUAUAUUCACGACCUGGGUUAUUCCCGCUCACGGACGACGUGGAGAAGCUGAGGCUUCGCGUCCAGGCAGUGAACGCGUCUACAUACGUCUUCUCUUAUAUCGAGCUAAAGAACGGUACAAUGGCAAACGAGAAUAACUGGACAAUUGUUGGAUAUGGAGCGGCAAGAGAAGUUAGUGGGGGUUUUACUGGCACGCUUGUCGGGAUGUAUGCCACAGGAAACGGGCACAACUCGAUAACGCCGGCAUAUUUCAGCGAUUUCACGUAUGAUCCAGUGCAGGGCGUAUUUUAGAAUUUGUUUCCAAAACGAGUGCUCAGCCGAUCAGCCUCCUUGUAAAUUGUAUAAGGCAUGGUAUUAUGACCGAAUAAGGUACAAAAAAAUUGGACGCAAAGCGACUUUUCAUUGAAAUGCACUGUUGCAUCAACUGCUUAUUCGUCU